AUGGCGCACCCAUAUCUCUUCACCACCCCGGCGGACGCCUCCCUCUUCCAGCUGCCUCCGCCGGCCGACCCGAUGCCAAUCCCGCCGCCCAGCCACAACGUCCCCUUUACUAUCCCUGACGCCUGGUUCACGGCCGCCCUCGACCCAAAGGUGCCCCUCACCAUCGCCGCUGUGUACGCCGUCACGGCCAAGGCUCUGAACGCCUACAACAAGUCCACCAACAAGCGGCCCUGGGCCAUCAGCAAGACCCGUGCCUUCCGCGCCUUUGUCGUCGCCCACAACAUCUUCCUUGCCGUCUACUCGGCCUGGACCUGGUACGGAACCCUCCAUGUCCUUCGCCGCAGCAUCGUCAGCCCCACCGGCCCGAACGGCUGGGCUGGGACCAUGGACUCCUUCUGCAAGUUCCACGGCACCGCCGGCCUCGGCAACGACAUCUCAUACAACCAGGCCACAGGCAUCUGGGAGUCCGCCACUGGGACCUCUCUUCUUGACGCCAAUGGUGUUCCCAGCCGUGACGUCUCGGGCCGCCUCUGGAACGAAGGCCUCGCUUUCUACGGCUGGAUCUUCUACCUGAGCAAGUUCUACGAGGUCCUCGACACCCUCAUCAUCCUCGCCAAGGGCAAGUUCAGCUCGACUCUCCAGACCUACCACCACGCUGGUGCCAUGAUGGCCAUGUGGGCUGGCAUCCGCUACAUGUCCGCUCCCAUCUGGAUGUUUGUCUUCUUCAACUCCUUUGUCCACUCGCUCAUGUACACCUACUACACCGUCACGGCCUUCAACGUCAAGGUGCCCCAGGUCAUCAAGCGCUCCCUCACCACUCUGCAGAUUUCGCAGUUCGUGAUUGGUGUCUUCUGGGCCACUGCUCACUCCUUCAUCUCCUAUACUGCGCCGGUCCAGGUCCCCGUCGCCAAGCCCGCCGCCUCUCCUGCUGCUGGCACCUCUGGCACUGCUGUCGAGUACGAGACUCAGUGGCGCGACACCGCCUGCGUUACUGGCGCCGGCUCCACCUUUGCCAUUUGGGUCAACGUCAUCUACUUGCUGCCUCUGACCUACCUGUUCGUCUCCUUCUUCAUUGCUAGCUACGUCCGCCGCUCCAACCGCGCCGCCGUCCAGAAGAAGGCCGACCAGGAUGUCAGCAGCCGCAGCAAGAGCACCGUCGAGAUUGCCGAGCGCGCCGGCCGCGAUGCCGCCCGUAACCUCGAGCGCGAGGUGUACCGCGAGUCCGGCAGCCCUGCUCUGACCGACAGCGACUCGGACGCCAACAAGAAGGGCGCUUCCACCAAGAAGGCUCCCAAGGCCAAGGCUAGCAAGAAGAUUUAG